CGACGUAAACAAAUGCGCGGGGUGGAAAUUCUUCCUCCUUCCGAAGACUGCUCUGUUUAUCAACAGCUACCAGCGCUCCUCCCCCGAAAAUAACCCUUGCGUGUAGUGUGUAGUGUCUUUGUGUGUGGAAAUUACUAUCGCCGCCCAACGCAAAACAAUAUUUUUGCCACAUUAGCAAAAUGUUCCUCUAAUGAUGGUUUGGCUAGAGCGCGGGGGGUUUUCCCCGUGUUGUGGCGGUGACGACUUGAAAUAAAGAAUAAUAUUUUGAUAAGCGAAUUGUGCUGACCUUGCAGAGACUGUUUCUUUCUGUUUCUGUCGCCAUAAAAACUAUACCAUUGAGAAACGACAUUACGGUACAUUCCUGAUGCCGUGUGGAUGGACUUUCUCUGUCGGUCUAAGUGAGAUCUUGCUGCACCAGGAUUAGGUGCAUAAUCAUUCAGUCGAGCUCAAGGUUUCGGAAGGAAACUAAUGACAUAAUCUUCUCGAUAGCUAAAAAACCAAUAGCGAGUAUUCCAAAUAGUGAUACCACUAAGAUCUGUUAUCACGUUUAUCAGCUGAAAUGAAGUGUGGGUGGAUGUAGUUCUCCACAUCAGAAAAGCAUCUUCUAAGCUCGUUUGAUACGCUGCAUACUUGACAUCAGCCGCGGUCCGAUUGCACACUUGCGGAUUGUGGUGUGAUUGUAUCGGUAGGUACAUACAGCUGGAAUAACAGCUGCAGCACAGCACAGUCCAAUACUGGAAAACCACGUAAGUGUUUGAUGUCGCGGCUAAGUUGUUUAAAAAUUGCUUUGGAGAGCAUACGAUCGAUCACUGGAACUGUUUUGUAGUGCUGGCUGAGCUUCUACUGAUUAAACAAGUUAAACAUUAUACAGGUGCACCUGGUUUUGUAAAUCCAAUUGACCCUUCCAAGUAAAUAACAAGACAACCAAAAUGAGCGACGAAUUCGAUGGAUGCGAAUGCAUUUGGAGCCAUGAGCUGGCCAUGCGUCGGUUAUUGUCGAUUCUCCGCAAUGGACAGUCCUAUUGCACGGACAACGAGUGCAUCGAUUUACCGAAUGCACCGAACCAGGGCGCCAGCGACAACUUCUUCAUGUUGAUGCUGUUCAUGAUCUUUGCUGUGAUAUUAUAUGCGAUGCGGCCAGCGUCGCUCCGUCGGCGGAACGACCUGAACAAAGCACUGCCACCGUCGAAUGGGGGCCCAAGCAACGAUGGGGCACCACCGGCAGUCAACUGAUAGAAUCGUCAAAAUAGUUUACCGGAAUCUGUAAAAUUCAAAAUGGUGUAUUUCUACCUAAUCUAGAACGAAUCGACGUUAUUGCGUAUUAGGAACAGCCGUGUUAGGGUUUCUUUUUUUUUUAUUUUUCAAAGUGAUUAUCGUGAGUUCUUAUCUAAAAGCGUAACAAAAAUGAAUAGGGAGGUGACCCAUGUAAUUAUGGGUUGAACCACUAAAUAGUGCUAGAAUAAACUUGAUAUGAAAAUCAAAAUACCUAGAAUGUAAUGUAUCUACUUGUGAGCUGCCACGUGGGCCUCGUAACAUAUUAUAUUCCAAUUCUAUACGUUUGAGCGCAUUUUGUUAUCAAUUGGUGCACUUUACACGUUUUAUUUACUAUCCAAACUAUGAAAGUAUCCACUACUUACACUUUUUGACCAUCAAAAUAAGUUUUGUUCUAAACGAUCAACGCACACAAACAUAUAAAGAUGGCACAGUCAGUGGUAGAUAACAGGUGAACGGUCCAUACAAAAAAACGUAUUUCCUUAUUCCUUAUAUUCCACACGGAGAAAGCUAGCCGUUAGAUAUUAUUUAUCUGUUAUAUUUUUAUUUUAUAUGUAUACCCUUAUAUCUAUAUAGUUUUAAUUGCAAUUUUUACAAACACAUCAGUUUAUGGGUUCCAACGUUGUUCUUACCGAAAAGACAUUCUAUACGAACGAUUUUGUUUAACAUGUGUUAGGGACCCUCUUAUUUUGUUUAUAAGAUUUUCUUUCCAGGGAAAUUUAAAUACAAAGUAAAUAUAGUAACUUCACACAACAAA